GGCAACAAUAGGUCAAGGACAAGUUUGUUGUGAUUUACUUGAAGAUUGAAAAAUUAAAAGCAUGAUUCUCAGUCCUCUGCAAUGUGUGAGGUGUGUUUUUAUGAGAAGGCUGCCACAGGGCCUUGAAGAAAACAUCCACCAUGUCCAUGAAAGGCUAUACUCAACAGGGACUAUCAAUGUACAGAGAAAGUCCAGACGACGAAUGAAAGCCUGGCAAAUACACCAAUAUGGAGGCAAUGAAGAGCUUGUCCUUUCCACUGAAGCCAGGGUUCCUGAAAUAAAGAAACCCAAGGAAAUUCUCAUAGAGAUUCAUGCUGCUAGUGUCAACCCCAUUGAUGUGGUUAUGAGAGGAGGUUAUGGUCGUACUAUUAUAAAUCAGAUGCGUACUUGGCUUGGCGGGGGACCUGGGUCAGAAUUUCCCCUCACCCUGGGGCGAGAUUUUUCCGGGGUUGUCACCCAGACUGGACAUGGGGUCACUAGGUUCAAGCCUGGUGAUGAGGUAUGGGGAGCCCUGGCAGCCCAGAGACAGGGAACACACUCACAGUUUUGUGUCACUUCCGAGGAUGAGAUCUCAAAGAAGCCGACAAGUUUAUCACACAUUGAGGCGGCUUCAAUCCCAUAUGUAGCAACAACAAGUUGGGCUGCCCUCGUAACCUGUGGCGAAAUGAGCGAACAGAAGGCCAGAGAUAAAAGGGUGCUGAUCCAUGGAGGGGCUGGGGGCAUUGGGACCUUUGCAAUACAGUUGAUGAAGGCAUGGGGUGCAGAGGUGGUGACAACAGUGGCUUCAGAUGCCAUGCCCCUUGUGAAGCACCUUGGAGCCGACCAUGUGAUAGAUUAUCGCACACAGGACAUCAUGGAGGAGCUGAAAGGCAUUGGCAAGUUGGACCUGGUGCUUGACCCGGUUGGAGGGGAGGAGACAGAGCGAACCCUUGCACGUCUGAGGCCCUACCAUCACUAUGUGACACUUGUCAUGCCCCUUCUACCUGAUGCUGACAAACAUGGUCUCAUACCGGGCCUCGCCAGAUCAGCACUCAAUCUGAACUACAACCUGGCCAAGGGAAUAACAAAAGGACUGGCAAGCUAUCGAUGGGCUUUUUUCAUGCCAAAUGGAAAUGCUCUUAAAAAAAUUGCAAUACUUGUGGAUGCUGGAAAGAUCCAGCCAGUUCUCGACAAGGUGUUCAAGCUGGAGGACUUGCCAGAAGCGUAUGAGAAAGUCGGCCAGAAACACGGCAGAGGAAAAACAGUGAUUGACAUAACUCCCUAGGUGUACCCUACUGGACUCUUGACAAUGAAAACAUACAAGAUCAAUUGAUGGCUUGACACACUUGUGUCACAUUAUACUUUAUCCCACAGUGAUUAUUGAAGAUAAUGGAUACUGAUGUAUUUUUCCAGCUCAAUUCAUUUUGAGUGCAAGUAUGUUUGUUUUUUCUCUCCAAAUUGAGACUUCUGACAACUUUGGGCAAAAAAAAAGAAAUGUAACAAUGCUGUUUUUGUUUUGUUUCUACAGGAAAAGGUGGUUAGAAUUACAUUGGUACACAUUUACAAGUCUGUCAUGUCUAUCAGUUCUUUUUCUUUUUUUGUAAUCAGUAAAUCACUGAAUAUCUUUGUUGUUGAAAAUAGCAUUCAUAAUGUUGGAUGUCCUUUGUUGUUAAAUAAAAUUUAAAGUUUA